AUGGACAGCAACCAUGAGCGAAUGCCAAUUGCGCACAAUGUCCGAAACGUCCUCAAUUCUUUCCGGACCGUUGCAACGUCGCUCAACCAUGAAAUAGAUUAUCUGGAUGAAAAGGUCGAGUUUGACGGUCUGCGUGAGUUGCCCUUAUCCUUGGAGAAUGAGAACGUCCGCUUCAAGAUGUGGGCUGGGAACCUAGGAGCUCAUCAGAGUGGCCCUGCAUCGCUGGAUCAUCGGCUGAGAGAGGCACCCCAUAUACAAGAGCAGGUCCUCUAUCUUCUGCGGGACAUAUUGGAAUCACUAGAGGAUAUAAGAGUCCUGAUGCCAAGAAAGGAGCCCCCCAAGGACAGUGCAGAUAUCGAGGAUAAGCCGGAGUAUCUGCCUGCGAGUCCAGACAGCGAAGACAGCUUCACCGAUUCAGACCUGGAUAAAGAUGAGCGUACGCCAGAAACAAGACUAUCGACGCUUUGCACCGAUAUCGCCGAGGCCAUCGACUGCCUUCUACGUCUCUCCCUAGCCAUAGCCAACCCAGCACCGCAUGAGAGAUUCCGUAAGCUGGGCGCCGGCCCCGAUGAGGACAUAUCCUUUUACGAGGCACAUGACGUCCGCUACGUCCAAGACAAGUUCCCAAAUAUCAGUCAAAGCUUAGCUGAUAUCCUGGGCAAGUUCAUCACACGUCGACGCCAAUUCUUCAAGUACCGCGAGUCACACCAUGCCAAGUUGGCGGCAGGCCUGGAUCAAGAGACUCAAAGGGAUACAAGUCGGACAGAGAUCGUACCGAAUACCGUGGCGUCUUCUCUUCCAGAGCACUUCAAGGGAUCUGGGGUGAUUGAUGAGGAUAAUCGGUCUGAUAUGGCUAUGUCUGAGACCUCGUAUGCUACCUCGGCUGGCUAUUUGAUGAUGGAAAAUGGAGAGAUGAAGCCUGCUCCUCCACUCAAGGUCCCUCCGCGACCACCUGAGGCAGACAAGGGGGUCUUUGAAUGUCCAUUUUGUUACAGGAUGAUAUCAGCCAGUUCCCGAGGGGCAUGGAAACGCCACGUAUUUGGGGACCUCCGUCCGUAUACUUGUCUCUUCUCACGGUGUGCCGAAUCAAAUACCGACUUUGAUCGACGACGCCAGUGGCAACUCCACGUCUCCCAGUAUCACUGGCGCACAUGGUCUUGUCCAUUCAAGUGCGAGGGCAUGUUUCUGUCCGCAGUUGAGCUCGGAAAUCACAUUCGCCACCAGCAUAUACCCAGCGCAAGCGAUGAGCAUCUCGCCACCGUCGUGGCUCGCGGUGAGGUAUCUGUGUCCAAUGAUGUCGCUCAAGAAUGCCCUCUUUGCAGACGAGCUAUUUCGGGCUUGAAGUCGUACGUCAAGCAUGUUGGGCGGCACCUUGAACAGUUGGCUCUGCACGCUCUUCCUAAGAUCGGAGGUGAGGAGCUCGAGGAUGACAUCGAGAGUGAUGAGCAGAAUGAUGAAGCAUCUGAGCUAGGAGCUGUUUCAGCCGAAGAAUCGAGUGACACGUCUUCCAAAGCCGAUGAGCAGCUAGAAACUGGCGAGAUAGAUAACCAGGUGGAAUCAAGCUUUCCACAUGCUACGGCUGUUGGAUACGAUGCUGAAGGCGACGUCACCGCCGCUGGCGAUACUCACAUACCGCCAGCCGCCUCUACUAUCUCGUCUGAUCAGCCUGUAGUCGAGCUAGCUAAAAUGGGGAAGCUCGAAGACAUCCCCCUCGACAUCGUAAUGACACAAGCUGGUGCCACCCUUGAAGAAGUGGGAAUGAUGACCACAGCUGAGAGGGAGGCAGCCGCGAUAGAGGCUGUUGAGAAGUACAAGAGACAGGAGCUUGCGAGAAUAACGGCUGAGAAAGCCAGAAUUGGAAUGAAAGAGCAAGAGCAACUUUCCAUUGAUCCCUCCGCCGAAGCCGAGUCAGCUUCACAGGAUAGUCGGCCGGUUUAUACUCGCAUGUCUCGCAGACAUCUAUCUCUCGAGACAUUGCGGGAAUACGAUGUCAACUACGAAUUCGACGCGGACCCUGACUACGUCUUGAUCAGAAGGUGGGUGCCCGAGUGGGAACAAGAUCGGAUGUGGAAGCACACUAGAACUAUCCGCGAGAAACGGGCUGAGACUCUAAUAAAUGAGACGCCGACACGAAGUGGUGAGCGUGAGUAUGAGUGGGUGCGCAAGAAAGACAGACGGCGGGCCAAGUCACCGCCGCAGUUCCAUGUCCAGAGGGAUAAGGGUCUCAAUGAACUGUUAGAGGAUCUCAAGCCUGUCCACAACUAUAAUGACACUUCUGGUAAUCAGAGCUCGCCACCCAGGAAGCGGAAUCAAUCACUUCCUCGUCUACCUUCUGUCGGCGAUCGCCAACAUAUCCAUGUUAGGACCAACAGUCGUGAAAGGGACGCUCCUCCAGCUCCAUCUCCUCCACCGCCAAUUCACCAAGGAUCAAGGAUUGCGCGAGAGGUCAUCACACAGUACCGAGAGAUCAGCCACGGCGUUCUCCCAAAGAAUCAAGAUAUACUAUGCCGAAACUUACUUAUUUAUGGCCAUUGUCGAUAUGAAGACCAAGGCUGCGCCUUUAGCCAUAAUCAGAAUAUAAAAGACUCUGAACGGCAGGACCGACAGGAGAGGGAAUAUAAGAGCGACCUACAGCAAUGA